AUGAACCCCCAGUCGUGGCUCUGUCCACCUUCCACACCAUUCUCGCCAACUCUCCCGCUCAUCACAAACUCACCGUCACACUUACCAACCCUCAAGACCCCGCCUCCUCAGAAAACAUUUCUCUUUUGGACCGACCUCGGCCUGCCAGACGAGAUAUCACUCCUGAUUUCCGACAACAGGACUGUACUAGAACUGAGCGGUGCAGCUUCUGCAGAAAUCUACAGCUCGGCCUUGUCUAGUGUGGUCUAUCAGAACUCCAAGCUGGCCAAUAUCAUUGAGAAUCAACCAGACCUCACACCAAGGCAAGGAACUUGGGAUCAAGACAAAUAG